AUGGGGCUCCCUGAUGUCCAGCUCCAGCUGGUGCUGCUGUGGGCAUCGGUGUGGGCACAGGGGGCAGGGUCUGUGUGUCCCUCCUGUGGGGGCCCCACACUAGCACCUCAAGCAGAACGAGCCCUGGUCCUGGAGCUAGCCAAGCAGCAAAUCCUGGAAGGGCUGCACCUGACCAGUCGUCCCAGAAUAACUCAUCCUCCAUCCCAGGCGGCGCUGACCAGAGCCCUCCGGAGACUACAGCCAGGAAGUGCGACUCCAGCGAAUGGGGAGGAGGUCAUCAGCUUUGCUACCAUCACAGACUCCUCCACUUCCACCUGCAGCUCCGUGCUCACUUUUCACCUGUCCGCUCCUCGGACCCACCACCUGGAGCAUGCUCGCCUCUGGCUGCACGCGCUCCCCACCCUUCCUGGCGCUCUUUACCUGAGGAUCUUCCAAUGCGGGCCCAGGAGGAGGCGCCGAGGGUCCCGCGCCCUCCUAGCUGAGCACCAAAUGAAAACCCCGGGCUGGCACGCCCUGACUCUGCCCUCUAGUGGCUUGAGGGGUGAGGAGUCUGGUGUCCUGAAACUCCAACUAGACUGCAGACCCCUAGAAGACAACAGCACAGCUGCCCGACAGCCUUGCCGGCUCUUGGACAUGGUGGGAGACCGGCGGCCCUUCCUGGAGCUUAAGAUCCGGCCCAGUGAGCCUGGAGCAGGCCGGGCCAGGAGGAGGACCCCCACCUGUGAGCCUGAGACCCCCUUAUGUUGCAGGCGAGACCAUUAUGUAGACUUUCAGGAGCUGGGAUGGCGGGACUGGAUCCUGCAGCCCGAGGGGUACCAGCUGAAUUACUGCAGUGGCCAGUGCCCCCCACACCUGGCUGGCAGCCCGGGCAUUGCUGCCUCCUUCCAUUCUGCUGUCUUCAGCCUCCUCAAGGCCAACAACCCUUGGCCCUUGGCUAACUCCUGCUGCGUCCCUACUGCCCGAAGACCUCUCUCUCUCCUCUAUCUCGACCGUGAUGGCAAUGUGGUCAAGACAGAUGUGCCAGACAUGGUGGUGGAGGCCUGUGGCUGUAGCUAGCAAGAGGACCUGGGGGUUUGGAGCAAAGAGAUCACGUCAGGGGUUCCCAGGCAAAGGGCAUCUGUGGCUGGAGGCAUCAGAUUUCUGAUCCACAGCCCCACCCAAU